AUGGUCGGUAAUGGUGAAUACGAGGAUCAAAACUCCUCAAAUGCGUCAUCAUUUUGGGAGUGUCGAGAAUAUCAUCGGACGGUUAAACGCGUGGAUGCUGCAUACAAACUUUGUAAUGAAUUAUGUCUAAUGAUACAGGAACGGGCAGAAUUAGAAAAAGCCUAUUCAUCUAAUCUCAAGAAAUGGUCUUCUCGGUGGCUUAGUUUCCUUGAUUCUGGUCUAGAAUAUGGUUCUGGAUCUUCUCCUUGGAAAGGACUAUGCAAAGAAGCUGAAGCUGUAUCAAAUGCCCAUCAAAAUGUACGUAACAUCUUAAUAGACGACAUUCAAACUGGAGUUAAGCAAUGGCAAAAAGAGCACUUUCACAAAAGUUCGUUACCUCCGCAAACAUUGAAAGAAACAAAACAAUUUGAACAAGAUUUUGAAUUGGCACAGAAACAAUGGUCCAAACGUUUGAAAAAAGUUCACGCUACUAAAAAGGAGUAUUAUCAAGCUUGCAAGACAGAACGUUCGCUUCAAGUUCAGGUUCGGAAUGCUAAGAGUGACCCAAGCGGUACUGCUGAGCAGCUUAAGAAAACACAAGAAAAAUUAGCUAAAGCGGAAAAAGAUGUUCAUCGAACUCGUGAUGCAUAUAAAAUGGCAUUAGCUGAUUUAAAUACUGAAAGUUCACGAUAUGUUGAAGAAAUGACUAAAGUAUUUAAUCGAACACAGGAUUUUGAACGAGAACGUCUUAGUUUUUUUAAAGAUAUAUUUAACAGUCUACAUGAUGCUCUUAAUGUUUGUGCGAAAGUUGAUUACGAUUCUAUCUACAGUGAGUUAGCAGAAAGUAUCUCACAAUGUGAUGUUGAAGCAGACUUAAAUUUGUGGUCCUCAAAUCACGGAGUUGAUAUGCCUUUUGUUUCCCCACAAUUUGAAGAGUAUUCACCAGACCUUGCAUAUAUUACUGGUAAAAAACGUGCUACACUAACUGAUCCCAAUUCUCCUGUCACUUUAACUAAUAUAACAAUGAUAAGUCAUCCAUUUGACCAUGAGUCUAAUGAAAUAACAUCUAAUAAUUCUAGAAGUAAUAAUAAUAAUCAUAUUAAAAAAUCAGAGAAUAGUGUCGUUUCAUCAGCUAAUAGUCGAAAUUCUGAUACAAAUAAUCCUUUUGAUGAUAAAGUUUCUGCAAAUAGGAAACCAACUAAUGGGGUUAAUGCUAGUGAAUAUGCUAUGAGUUCAAGUUCCGUUGCUGCUUUUGUCGGUGGUGUUGAUGGUGACGGCGGCAUCGAUUCUAUGUACACAGAAGAAAUCAAUGAUGCAACUUACGAUGAUGGUCGGGAAGGUGUAAAAGUACGUGCACUAUAUGAUUAUGUUGGACAAGAUGGCGAUGAAAUCAGCUUCGUUGCUGGUGACACGUUUGAAAAACUUGAAGAACCUGAUGAUCAAGGUUGGUGUAAAGGACGAAAAGAUGGUCGUGUUGGUCUAUAUCCUGCAAACUAUGUAGAACCUUGUUCAAAAUAA